AUGGUGCAGGGUGAGGUUGAUGAGAAGGCUCCUUCCAUCACGCCUGACGGCGAAGAGCCCACUGAGGAUGAGAAGCGCACUCUGCGCCAUAUCGCAGAGCACUUGCCCCUCUCCGCCUGGCUGGUGGCCGCCGUCGAGCUCAGUGAGCGAUUCACCUACUAUGGCAUGUCGGGUCUGUUCCAGAACUACAUCCAGCGUCCUCUUGAUGGCAGCGAGGGUCGUGGUGCGCUGGGUAUGGGCCACCAGGGUGCCACUGGUCUGUCGACGUUCUUCCAGUUCUGGUGUUAUGUUACUCCUAUUUUCGGUGCUAUUGUUGCGGACCAGUACCUGGGAAAGUACAAGGCCAUCGUGGUCUUCUGUAUCGUCUAUCUCGUCGGUCUUCUGAUCUUGGUUUGCACUUCGAUCCCCACGGCCCUGGCACAUGGGGCCGGUCUGGGAGGCUUCGUUGUAUCCAUCAUCGUCAUCGGUAUCGGAACGGGUGGUAUCAAGAGUAACGUCGCUCCUCUGAUUGCGGAUCAAUAUACCCGCAAGAAGAUGGCUAUCAAAACCACUCCCAAGGGUGAGCGUGUCAUCAUCGACCCUGGUGUCACCGUGCAGCGUAUCUAUAUGAUUUUCUACGGCUGUAUCAACCUCGGUUCUCUGUCACUGCUGGCGACCCCUUACAUGGAGCUGUACAUCGGCUUCUGGUCCGCAUACUUGCUCUGUCUGUGCAUGUUCUUCUGCGGUACGGCUGUUUUGAUCGUUGGUCGCAAGUACUACAUUGUCCGCCCGCCGCAGGGAUCGAUCAUCACCAACGCCUUCAAGGCCCUUGGUCUAAUGGUUGUCCAUCGCAACAUGGAUGCAGCCAAGCCCAGCUGGCAGGCCGCCAACGGAGGCAGGCGGACCAGCCUCCCUUGGGACGACCACUUUGUCGACGAGGUCAAGCGUGCCCUGGUUGCCUGCCGCGUCUUCUGUUUCUAUCCCAUCUACUGGGUUGUCUACGGCCAGUUCUCUGGAAACUUCGUCACCCAGGCAGGUCAGAUGGAGGGCCACGGCAUCCCCAAUGACUUGAUGCAGAACUUCGAUCCCAUCUCCAUCAUCGUCUUCAUUCCGGUCCUCGAGACGCUCGUCUACCCGCUCCUGCGCCGUCUCCACAUCCCGUUCAAGCCAAUCACCCGUAUCUCUCUGGGCUUCAUCGUCGCUUCGCUGGCCAUGAUGUACGCUGCUAUCGUGCAGCACAUCAUCUACAGCUCCGGUCCCUGCUAUGACCAGCCGCUGUGUGAUGCGUCAAUAGUGGACGGUACCGCUCAGGGUAACCACGUGCACAUUGCCAUUCAGACCCCUGCCUACUUUUUCAUCGGUAUCUCCGAGAUCUUCGCCUCCGUGUCUGGUCUGGAGUACGCAUACACCAAGGCCCCACCGACCAUGAAGUCGUUCGUCCAGUCCAUGUAUCUGCUGACCAACGCCUUCGGUUCUGCUAUCGGUGAGGCCCUGACGCCUGUUGCCUACGACCCGGCUAUUCUGUGGAUGUUUGUCGGUCUGGCCUGUGCUUCCUUCACCACCGGUAUUAUCUUCUUCAUCCUCUUCCGUCACCUGAAUGACAAGGAGGAGGAGAUGAACGCGCUAGAUGCCGAAGAAUACCCCCCGCCUGUGGCGCCGACUGAGGAGAAGAACUAG